AUGUCUUCACGAAAAAUUGAUGUUUCACCUCCUCCUGCUAAAGAAGCUCUCGUGGUGAUUUUUGAUGUGGGCAAAUCCUUGGGAACGAGACCUAGGGAAGAUUUUGAGAGAGCGAAACGCGCUGUUUCCUUGUUGAUCAAAAUGAAGAUGAGAUACAAUCCAAAAGAUGAAGUCGGAUUGAUUCUAGUAGGAACCAAGCACACGAAAAAUCACUUAAAUGAAGAACACGAAGAUGAAUACAAACACAUUACUGUGGAACAACCUAUUGAUACUGUUUCAUUGAAUCUUUUCAAAAUUGUGGAUAGUUUAAAUAUUGAUACAAUUGGCAUGUCUUCUCAAGGCGAUCUUUUGGAUGCCAUUAUCGUUGCAACUGAUAUGAUUAAAGUGAGAUGUGGAAAACGAAAAUACAUGAAACGAAUAUUUGUUGUGACUGAUGCAGGCGGAUUGGAAAUUUCUGUAGAUGACGACACAAAAGAAGGCAUCUUUGCAGGUCUCAAAACUAAUAAUGUUCUUGUCAGUGUGAUUGGUAUUGAUUUUAGUAAGACGAGCGUUAGUGUAAAAGAUGAAGACAACAAUGUUGGUUCCUCCUCCACAAGCAACACAAUCGCAAACACACCUAAAUACAGAAAUGAGACAUUCCUUUGCGAUUUGUGUCAAACGGCGGGUGGAAUGGUUCUUCCAAUUGAACAAGCCAUUGAUACAUUGCUACUUUUCAGAAGUAAGAAAGUUCUCUCGAGAACUGCAUUCAGAGGUGUUUUGGACAUUGGUGAAACAAUCAAAAUUCCAGUUUGGGUUUACAAAAAGACUGAGAAGACAUCUCUUCCAACAGCUAAAAGAUUAUCCCUUGUUUCCAGAAAAAACAAUACUUCUGGUGACGGAGAAGUCAAAAUUGAAAAAUGUUACUAUCAAUAUGAUGAUCCAGACAAUCAGGUUGAUAAGGAAAAAACAGUUAGGGCAUACAAAUACGGAAAAAACUUCGUUCCAUUCAACGUAGUGAACGAGAAAGCCUUAAAAUACAAGUCUGUGAAAGGUAUUUCAGUUCUGGGGUUCACAGAUGAGAAGAAUAUCCCAAGACAUCACUUUAUGGCAGAAGUUUACUCAUUUAUUGCAAAGCCUGAUGAUCCUUUUGCUCAGACAGCUCUCUCUGCUUUUAUUAGAGCACUCUCAGAAUUGCAGCAAGUCAUGAUUAUCACAUAUGUGUUCCGUGAUGAUGCUGAACCAAAGUUAGGUCUUCUCUAUCCCUAUAUUAGUGCAAAUUAUGAAUGUUUUUAUUUCACUUCUCUUCCAUAUGCUGAAGAUUUAAGGUCGUAUCCAUUCAAAUCAUUUAGCACUGUUAAACAUACCGAAGAGCAACUUCAAGCAGCCGAAGACUUGAUCAAUGCAAUGGACUUAAUGGAGGCUGACGAAGAAGGAGAAGAUGGAAAGAAGGAAGCUCUUAGACCAACCAAAACUUUCAACCCACUUGUACAACACUUUUAUGAUUGUCUUCACACAAGAGCACUCAAACCAAAUGAUCCAUUACCUCCAGUUGAUCCACUAAUUACCAAAUAUUGUUAUCCAGAAAUGAACGAAGAUUCAUUCUAUAGAAAAUUAAUUAGAAAGACGAGAGACAAGAGGAUUAAAUUUAAGUCACUCUUUCCUGCUAAAGAAGUUGAGCAAGAAACCAAACUAGGAAAAAGAAAAUACUGGUUUGCCAUGCAAAAUAACAAUGAGAUCACCCUAGAGUCAUAUAAUCUAGAGCCAACUGUUGAGAAUGCCAAUGAAUUGGUGGCCGAGGAUCACAUUGGCCAAACUGUUAAACGUCUUAAAGAUGGAAUGGGCGAUGAACAGUUCAACGAAAUUCAACAACGUGUUGGUCUUAACAAUUUAUUCGCUGAACAAGCAAAUAGUGUUAAAACUACAAAUCCAACGAAAGACUUUAAUGACAUGCUCAAUAGAAAAGAUGUCGACUUGGUUGAUAAGGCAAUUAAGGAAAUGCAAAAUGUUAUCUUCAAAUUAAUCAACGACUCUAUUGAAGACCAAUAUUACGAAAAAGUGUUGAGUUGUGUGAGAGUUCUACGUGAAGGUUGCAUCAGAGAAUCUGAACCAGAAUUAUUUAAUCACUUUAUGAAAAUACUCAAACAACAAUAUUCAAAAGGAAAGAGGGAAGAAUUCUGGAAAAAUUACAUCGUUGGCAACAAGAUUUCACUCAUCACUCAAGACGAGUGUGACGAAAGUGAGGUGACAGAAGAAGAAGCAAAGAAUUUCCUCACUCAAGCUGUUCUUGCUGCACCUGUCCAAGAAGAAGUUGAAGAUGAGAAAAUGGGAGACAAUGAUCUCUUUGAUGAAUUGGAAUAG